CAAGCGCUACUGUAGUUGUGGUUCCCGGUAAGAUGGCAACUUCUUCGUGUGAUGGGACUGUAGUUUACAACCAUCAUUCACAGGGUGCAGUUUCUUUCACGCGAGCAAAAUACAGAGAAGGCAGGAGACCAAGGGCUGUCAAGGUUUAUACAGUUAAUUUGGAAUCCCGUUAUCUGCUGAUACAAGGUGUCCCUGCGGUUGGUGUUAUGAAAGAGCUAGUACAGAUGUUCGCAUUGUAUGGGGUUAUUGAGGAAUACCGUGCCCUUGACGAGUACCCUGCGGAACAAUUUACUGAAGUGUACCUUCUUAAAUUCCAGAAGCUACAGAGUGCAAGAGUGGCAAAAAGAAAACUGGAUGAGCGGAGUUUCUUUGGUGGCUUGCUUCAUGUGUGCUAUGCUCCAGAAUUUGAAACAGUACAAGAAACCAGAGAGAAACUAAUAGAUCGGAGGCGGUAUAUUGCAAGAGUUACAUCAAACAGAGUAAAACAGCCACAUAACAGAGAACAUCAACAUGAGAAUGCACACAGUGUGUCAGAGUUUGAAAUGCCAUCAGAACCAUCUGCACCCACUGCCACUGAAACUGUCAGUAUUCCAGAAUGGAGUUCACACACGUAUUGUGGUUUUCCUUUAUUGCCUCCCCCACCCCAGCCCCAGCCUGAUGCAAGAAUCCCAAAAGCUGCAUUAAGUAAAGAAGGACAAGGACAGACAAACAAAGUUUUGCCUUUUCACCACAGACAAGGUUGUGAAAAUCCUAGAACUGGUCCUCAAGAAACAUCUAGGGUGCAAGAAAUGCACACAGAUCAUACAAAAGCAAGCACUCCUUCAUCCCAGAAAAGGACUUCUACAGUAAAAAAUGUUGCCGUUGCAAGAUUUCUUCCUCGCCCCACCCAGCUACAGGAACGUAAAAGGAGAAGGGAAGAAGAUUCAAAUAACUUUUUCAGGACUAACAGUGACACUGAUAAAACAUUUAUUGGCCCAGAAUUACCACAGAUUCCAAAAGUUGAUAUGGGUGAUAACUCACUCAAUCAGUCAGCAGACUUGAUUCGUCAUACACUUAUGAAGGUUUCUUCCAUCCCUUUGCCAGAGCAAACAGAGCUUCAGGUAAAACCUCCACCAAAGCAACGUCGAAGAAUCUGAACAUGGACAGGCUGAAUGUGCUUUUGUAUUUGCUCUUUUAAUUCUGAAAACUUCAACAAAGUCAGCAGUUAUACAAAAAUAAGAAAAUAUAUGUAUUGGUUUACCAGUAUAUUUUUUUCUAUUGUAAAAACUGAAAAUGAAUACUUACAACACAGUGUACUGUGUUACAUACACAGAACAGAUGGGACAGCAGCAGCUGCUUUAUUUUCCAUAAUGUAGGAAUAAAAUAAAUACACAUUAUUCAACA